AGGGCACUGAGCUUCAUUCCACACGUGUAGAGUUCAGGAGGAUCGCUGAUCCAGCGCUAGACGUCUGUCUGCUACUGCCUCCAUUACACACAAGUGAUUCAUCAUUCCUGGACACCGAGCCAUGCACUCUUCACCUUCUACUGCUACAAGAAUGACUCUUCUCGGAAUCUUCCUCUGCUCCCUGCUGGCUUCUUCUAUUGCAGCAAAUCCAUGCUGCUCUAACCCAUGUCAGAACAGAGGGGUUUGCAUGACUGUUGGCUUUGACCACUAUGAGUGUGAUUGCACAAGGACAGGAUACUAUGGGGAAAACUGUACCACACCUGAAUUUUUAACAUGGCUGAGAGUUACCCUAAAGCCUUCACCCAAUACCGUGCACUACAUCUUAACUCACUUUAAAGGCGUUUGGAAUAUAAUCAAUAAUAUCUCCUUUCUACAACAAGCAAUCAUGCGUUAUGUAUUAACAUCACGCUCCCAUCUGAUUGACAGCCCCCCUACUUACAACAGUCAUUAUGCCUACAAAAACUGGGAAGCAUAUUCCAAUAUUUCAUACUACACUCGAUCAUUGCCACCUGUGGAAGAAGAUUGCCCAACUCCAAUGGGAGUGAAAGGAAAGAAAGAACUGCCAAGUGUAAAAGAGGUUGUAGAGAAAUUGUUAAUUAGAAGAAAGUUCAUUCCUGACCCACAAGGAACUAAUGUGAUGUUUGCAUUCUUUGCUCAACACUUUACACACCAAUUCUUUAAGACUGAUGUCAAAAGAGGAGCUGCCUUCACUAAAGGACUUGGGCAUGGGGUUGAUUUAAGUCACGUCUAUGGGGAAUCUUUGGACAGACAGCACCAAUUACGUCUAAAAAAGAAUGGAAAAUUAAAAUUCCAGAUUAUUGAUGGUGAGAUGUACCCUCCAACAGUGAAUGACACAGGAGCUGAAAUGCUUUACCCCCCACAUGUGCCAGAACAUCUUCAGUUUGCAGUUGGACAGGAGGCUUUUGGACUUGUACCAGGAUUAAUGAUGUAUGCUACCAUAUGGCUAAGGGAACACAACCGCGUCUGUGAUGUACUGAUGCAGGAGCACCCUGAGUGGAACGAUGAACGUAUUUACCAGACUGCAAAACUUAUUUUGAUUGGUGAAACCAUAAAAAUUGUCAUUGAAGAUUAUGUGCAGCACCUGAGUGGCUAUCAUUUUAAACUGAAAUUUGACCCAGAGUUGUUGUUCAACCAGAGAUUUCAGUACCAGAAUCGGAUUGCUGCUGAGUUUAACACACUUUAUCAUUGGCACCCUCUUUUGCCAGACACUUUCCAAAUAAAUGGCCAAGAGUACAACUAUCAACAGUUUCUGUUUAACAAUAGUGUGAUGUUGGAACAUGGAGUAUCCCACAUGGUUGAAUCAUUUACCAAACAACAGGCAGGAAGGGUGGCUGGAGGCAGAAAUUUCCCUGCAGCAAUUUCCAGAGUAGCCGUAGCUUCCAUACAACAAAGCCGAGAGAUGAGAUACCAGUCACUCAAUGAAUACAGAAAGCGAUUUACUCUAAAGCCUUUCAAAUCCUUUGAAGAGCUGACAGGAGAAAAAGAAUUGUCUGCAGAACUUGAAGAACUCUAUGGAGACAUUGAUGCUGUAGAAUUCUACACAGGUCUUAUGGUUGAACAACCCCGUCCUGGGGCCAUUUUUGGAGAGACCAUGGUUGAAAUUGGUGCUCCAUUUUCAUUGAAAGGCCUUCUGGGUAACCCAAUCUGCUCUCCUGAAUACUGGAAACCUAGUACAUUUGGUGGAAGGGUGGGCUUUGAUAUCGUAAAUAGUGCCUCCUUACAAAAACUCAUCUGCAACAAUGUUAAAGACUGUCCCUUUACUUCAUUUAAUAUAUUAAGAAGUAAGACUGCUGAAUCAGCAAAAAUCAACACAAGUUCUAACUCUGCACUGGAUGAUGUUAACCCAACUGUACUACUGAAAGAACACUCCUCGGAGCUGUAAACACUGAUGGUUGCCAAGACACUAGGCCAUUAAAUGAAGCUUGUUACCAAUGUACAGAACUUCUACAUGUUCCGAAAGCGUUAUCUACUAUUUUAAUUAUUCUGCCUAGGUGGUUAACAGUUUUUACUUGUGUUUGUUAUUUUUAAUAUUUAUUGAUAUUGCUGCAAACUUGAACUGCUGGGCAGAUAUUUUAACAUGUUACAUGUUUUACCUCCAUGUCUUAAUAGAUAAUUUGUGGUAGCCCAACUAUAAUAUCUUCUGGCAGGAAAUGAGAGAUAGUGGAUAAAUUCUGAGGUCAAUGGGCUUUAUUAUUGGCAUACAAAAAGUGCUGAUGAGCUAAUACAAAUAGAAAAUCCUCAUUAUUAGUAGUAUGAUUACACUAAACUGCUGUAAGCUGAUUUCUGAUUGAUUGUUAUGUGCUUUUACGUGCACUUUUUUGCAUGUUGUUAAAAAGACUCCAUGCAACACAAAAAUAGAGAAAAGAGUUUUCAUCUAAAUCAAUCAAUGAAAUAUGAGCUUGCAAUGGUUUAAUGAAAUAAGACUGCUGGGAAUAGACAUCUGUAUGUCUUGGUUACUUUGCACCUAAACUGUUUUCAUCUUGAUAUUAACUUUAGCCCAGUCCUAUGUAUGUUUAUGGCACUCAAGCUGUAUAUGUUAGUGUUGGAAUGUAUGGGAAACUUCCAGUCAUAGGGUGAUUUUGACACUUUAUGCUGCUGCACUACUUGAAUUUUUACUGCUGCUCAGGAUUUCAAGUUGCCUAACAUGACACUGUGUAAUGUACUUGUCUAUGCAUCUUUAUACAUUAUGAGGUAGGAUGAAUGCAAUCUAAAUGUAUGUGAUUUAACUAUUACUUGAACUCGCAUAGUGUAUGGAAUCAAAACCUAUAGCAAUACUUGACAAAAAAUGAUUUCUUACAACUGAUUAUAAGAAUGUAGCAUAAUAUAUAUUCUAAGUGAUAUGCCAUCAACAACAAAAGCGUUGUUGCUUUUUAUUCAAGUUUGAUGUCAGUAAGGGCAUAUCCCAAAGUUGUGUUGAAAGAAAAGAUAAUAUGUUGUUUCCAGGGCUUGCAUUCCAUGCCAGUUUAUAACGGACAAUUCCAUUAUAUAGCUGGAACUACUUACUUGCCCUUGUAUCCAAUAAAGUGUGUGUCCUCAUUCUGCUA